AUGGGUUCAAUUGCAGAAUACACCCCUUCGGAAUCCCGACUUUUCAACCCACUGACUAUCGGCGAUUCCACUCUUCAGCACCGUGUUGUCUUUGCACCCUUAACCCGCCUGCGCAAUGAUGACAAUCAUGUUCCGCUGCCACUGAUGGAGAAGUACUAUGCCGACCGAGGCUCCACACCCGGAACGCUCGUCAUCUCCGAAGCCACCUCAAUUUCACACGGCGAAGAAGGCAACGCAAACAACCCCGGUCUAGUCAGCGAGAAGCAGGUUGAAGGAUGGCGCAAAAUUUACUCCGCAGUUCACGCGAACAAGUCAAUCUUCUUCCAGCAAAUUUGGGCUAUGGGUCGAGCCUCCAACCCCGAUUUACUGGCUACUCGAGGUUUCCCUUAUAGAUCUAGCAGUGCUGUGCCAAUGAAGGGAUCCGAAAAUGUACCCCGAGCAAUGACUGAAGCCGAGAUCUUGGAGACAAUUGAAAACUUUGCCGAGACUGCGAAACGGGCUGUUUUGGCGGGUGCGGAUGGUGUGGAGAUCCACUCUGCACACGGCUAUCUUCUUGAUCAGUUCCUGACUGCCAGUGUCAAUCAGCGUACCGAUAAAUGGGGUGGAUCUAUUGAGAAUCGAUCUCGUCUUACCCUCGAAGUAGUCAAGGCUGUGGUUGGAGCUAUUGGCGCUGGAAAAGUGGCUAUUCGAUUUUCUCCAUAUGCUGGAUUCCAGGGUUCCGAAAAGUCCGAUUAUGUGGAGCUAUACACAUAUCUCAUCUCUGAAUUGAAGAACAUGAACGUGAAAUUCGCUUAUCUCUCACUUGUCGAGGCUACUGGUGAUCCAGGUGCCUUGAUCUGGAAUCAGAAGCAGGUCCACGAGGGAAAGACUCUGGAUUUCAUUCUUGAGGCAUGGGACAAUUUGUCGCCUGUUAUCGUGGCAGGUGGUUACCGACCAGAUUCUGCGGCUUGGGCAGUCGAGGAGAGGUAUAAGAAGUGGGAAGUUAUGGUUGCUUUCGGUCGCCAUUUCAUCUCCAACCCCGACUUGGUUUUCAAGGUCCAGAAUGGCAUUCCCCUGGCACCAUAUAACAGGCCAACCUUCUAUAGCCGCAAGGAGUGGGUGGGCUAUAAUGACUAUCCAUUCAGUCAGGAAUUUUUGGACAAAUACCCGCAAGCUGUGCACCCCAUGACUGCAGAGGAGAGUAAGGAACUUGGAGGGUUAUAG